AGGCUAUGCAAAGCAUAUGAAGUAAUAACACUUACAAGAGCAACGAGAAAAAUCAAGUGUCAUAUCAAUAGGAAAAGCAAGCAGCACAGAAAAAAUAAAUUCAGCUCCAAUUGUAAUAAUAAUUUUUAGACAAAUAAUUUGCUAAAAGUAUUAGAAAUAAUAGAAAUUUGUAAGUGUGAGUAAAAGCUGAAUAUUUAAAGCGAAAAAUUGUUGAAAUUUUCGGGUUUAGCUCGAAAAACUAAAGCGAGGGCAAGCACGUUCCAGCAGAGCCGUAUUGAAAAGUUUCGCUUAUUGCCGACGACGAAGUUGCGAGUCGACGACGGCCCUCCCAAGAAAAAAGUAAAAUCUGGCAAACAGGGAAAUUUUGAAAGCCCAAGGGGUUGGUUUUCAAUUAAAAUUGCCAAGUUAACUUGGUGAAAAUUUUGGUUGAAACUAACCAAAAUAGCGGCAAAUUGUAAACUUGCGGAAGAUAGAAGAGUUGAAAAUUCGUGGAAGUCGGGGGCAGCGGCACAACGAAGACGAAGACAAAAAUUGGGCGAAAACUUUGCAUUGAUGGUAAUGCAUGCUAGAAAACCGCAACGUGUGAACGAUGGCUACUUUGAGAAGCAUCAGUCGCAUUCUUAUCAGCAAAUCAUCUCAACAUGAUCCUUCGUUGUAGUCACUAACAAAUACAAGCACUUUUUAUUCACAAAAGAAGGAUAACUAAAUAAUAAAUGAAACAUAAAAUUGCAAAAAAAAAAGUAUUAUAAAGAAAUAACUGAAUGUUUUCGCGUCACAAACGCCUAUGCCUAAAAUCUAUAAUGCAAGCAAUUGUAAGUCUGUAUCAAUCUACAAAAUAACAAACCGACAAAUAACCUCUCACAUUGCGUGUUCCACAACAACUCAAGGCAACUCAUUUCGCUUCGCGUUAGUCAAGUAUUAUGAAACAUAUACAAAAUUAAAAGAAACGAAACAAAUUAACCAUACACCAGCAUUAUUUAAAUACAUCAUGUUAACAUCAUUUUAAAGUGCAAAGUUGAGAAUCGUAAUUAGAGAAAAGAGUAAAAUAGAAGUAUUCAACGCGCAUUUAAAUUAUCGCAUCGCUUAGUAGUCUUAAAAAAAAUAUAUAAUAAUAAUAAAGAAUUCGUUUGAAAAUAGUGGGAAAGUGUGUAUAUAAAAUAACACUUAUCAUCAAACCCAGUGUCAGAGCACUGCGAGACGCUUCGCUUCCAACGAUUCCUGAAGCGUCGUACUAUUGUUAAUAGACACUCGCGAGAUUCCACAGUUUAUGACUACCACAAAUAGUAUCACAAUAGAUUUACCAUUGGCACCCGGCUGUAACAAAAAUGCUGCUGUCGGUCUGUGUCGCGUAGAUGAUAGUUCCAAGUACAGUUCAAAGCGCGAUUAUGAACGCGAUCGCUCAUCAAAUUAUCGCGAUCGCGAUCUGUCGCCAGCUGGCGGUGGUCCAUUGAAUAAUGUUUCGCAAAGAUUUUCGUUAAAUGCUAUGAAUAAUGGAAACAGCGGAUCGUAUCGCUCACAAUCACCUGAAAUAGAUUCACCAUCGUCGAGAGGGCACGGUACGCACGAUAUACGCGAUCGUGAUCAUCGUGGUAGUGAUCGUUUCAGUUAUAUGCAAAAAAUGAGGGAUCGUGAUCGCGAUGUCUAUAAAAAAGAUAAAUAUUCAACAGAUAAACGGGAUAGGCGUGGCGGUGGCAGCGGUGGUGGUGGUGGUGGUAACGAUCGUGAUUCAGAAUCGCAUCGCACCAAUCAUGAUAGGUUGGAUCGCCGUGGCGGUGGUGGCGGUGGAGGAAGCGGAGCUAAGCUUUGUUCUUCCAGUAGUGGUGAUAAACGAUCUGGUUCGACAGAUCGUGACCGAGAACGCGAUCGUGAUCGUGGCGAUUUGAGAGAUAGUAAACGUGAUCGUGGCUCUGAGCGUGAUCGCGACAGAGAACGCGAUCGCGAUAGAGACCGUGAUAGAGAACGCAGUGAUCGCGGCGGAGGUGGUGGCGAUCGUGAGCGUGAUCGUGGUGGUGGCGGUGGUGGUGGAGGUGGAGGUGGUGGUGCCGGCGGAGGCAGCGGUGGCGGCGAACGUAGUGAUCGUGGCGAACGCGUGGCACGAUGUGGCGAUUGGAGUGAACAUGUCAGUUCAUCUGGCAAAAUGUAUUAUUACAACUGCAAAACUGAAAUCUCACAAUGGGAGAAACCAAAGGAAUGGAUUGAACGAGAACGAACUCUGGCACGUGAUCAGCAUAGGGAAAAAGAUUACCGAGACAAAGAUCGCGAUAGGGAUCGUGAAGAUCGUUUUUGCAGAUCAGCUUACGCGAAACAUUCCAGUUCUCGGGGCAACUCAAGGCUGAGGUGGAAUUAUGAAAAUGAUGGUGGACCGCCAAGUCACCGACGGCGCUUGGAUGGUCGAAUCGCUGAAAAUCCAGAUAUGGACAUUAGUCCCGGUGACUCCACGCCAACAUCGGAAGCUAGUUAUCCGCUAGCCGGUGCGCCUUCAGUGCAUGGUCUGGUGAAUGUGCAACACAAUGACCUAUCAACAAUACCAACAUCAACCGUUGGUCUGCCGAAUGCACUACCACGUUUAGCAUCGCAUCCUAACGCCAGUUCUGUUAUGUCAUCCUCCUCCUCCGCGUCCGCUUCUGCUGCAGCGGCUAAUGCAGCAGCCGCAUCAAUGCAUUUCUCUGCGUCAUCAGCGUCUGCGCAUGGCUCAGGUGUGGUAGUCGGUGGCGCAACAAUGUUGCCCACCACAGGACUCGCCUCGGUGUCAUCGGGUGCUGGCGUACCAGUGAUGGUUGCUGGUGUUUUACAAACACAGAAUAAUAGCAAUCAUCGAAAGAUGGACCCAGUGGCAAUGUUGCAACAGCAAGCGCAUUUAGCGUCAAGUACAUCGCCAAAUGUGGAUCAUCAUUUGAAUUCGAAUGCGCCCGGCCCGCCGAAGUUAGGCACAAAAGAACAACAAGAGAUGAUGAUGAGUUCGCAGCAGAAGAACGCUAUGUUAAUGCGACAGCAGCAGCAACAAGCGGCGUUACAUCAUCAUCAUCAGAUGUCGCAACACGGUGGUAACGAGGCGGUACACAUGAUGUCCAAUACUGGCACUUCCAUUGAUGGCACCAAUCAUGCGCCCUCGUCAGCGGUGAUAGUUUUAAGAGAUAAUUCAGUGAACUCGCCACACUAUAAUUUAGCCCAUGCACAUGGCAUGUCACCAAUGGGCUAUAACACAAAAAGUCCUAUAACGGGUGUUGGUGGCAGCGGUGGUGUUGUUCCUGGAACCGGUCACAGCAACAAUGUGGGCGGUGGAGGUGUAAAUAUGAGUGGUAGCGUAAAUGCUGGAUCAUACGCCGCCUGUAAUACACCGUACGGUUUAAAGACUGUCGAGGGUAGCAGUGGCAGUGUCAUGAAUUCAAUUGGCAAUAAUAAUAGUAGUGGUCACUGCUCCUCAUCUAGUUUAGCGAAUGUUAACGUUAAUGCUGGCGGUAGUGGCGUAAUUGGUAUUCUGCCUGGUGAAGGUCCACCAACGCCAACGCAAGAGAUGGACUUGAACGUAGUGGCAAUGGAGCAGCAACAACGCAAAAUGGAAAAUCCUUCAUCCGCCUCGUUGAGCACACUGCAAAGCUGUGUUACGUCAUCGGUGCAAGCCGGCCGUUCGCAGGGUCCUGAGAUUUCACCGAAAUUAGCAAAGUAUUUUAGGGCUGAUUUAAUAACACAUGUCACCAAUUGGCAAGCUGAUAUUCUGGAGAAACAGGCGCAAAAGUGUUCUGAGGAAACGCAUUUGUAUGGAGAUUUACAGUGUACGAAAGUGUCGGCGGAGUUGAAAUGUGCUAGAAGCUUAGUUAGAAUAACUGAAAUCACAGCAACACUACAAGAGCAAAAAAUUAUGUAUCUUCGCCAACAAAUUCGUCGAAUAGAAGAAUCAAAAUCACAAAACUCAUUUAUGUCUGAUGAUCUUUAGCCAAUAUCAAAUUUGUAUUAAAGGAGGAAUUAUUACUACAGAAAAAAAAACAAACAAAUUCACAUAAAAUCACAUUCAUAAAGGAAAAUUCUCACACCAAUGCGCCUACACACGCUCUUCAUUCAGAAUAUAAACAAACAAACAAAAAAAAAAAGAAAAAAUCUAUACAUGAAACAUAAAAAUAGCAAUUGGCAACUCUACACUAAUAUUUACAACUACUAGUUAUAAAUUGCAACAAUAAUAUGGAAAAGUUAUGGUGAGUGUAGACUGGCAACCAUUGUGCUUGUAAAGAAAGAAAGCAGCUGCCGCGGCAGGAAGUAAGCAAUUGAUGCUGAUUUAUGUGGGAAUUAAGCAAACGUGCGGUUAACAAAAGAGUUGAAACAGCUUAGAAUAAAUAAAAUAUAUAAAAUAAAAGAAAUACUUAAAAGUAAAGGCAACAACAAACAAGGAUGAAACAAAAACAACACGAUAACAUGGAAAAUAUGAAAACAAAAAAUAUUACAUAAUUAAAGCAGAUAAAUGCAACAGGAAAAACAAACAUCUACACAAAAGUAAUGAAUAAUUAUAGUAAUAUUAUGACUAGUAAUUAUAACUAUAAAUUUAAUGAUAAAUAAAAGAAAAUAGAUCUUAAACAAAUUAGAAUGCAAGCCAAUUUAAAUGAAGCGCCCCAAACAAUACAAUAAUAAAAAAAAUAUAUAUGUAUACAUACCUAUAUAGAAGAGAGAAGGAUCGAAUUGUAAUUCCAACAUGCUAAUUUGAAUACUAGAAGUAUAAUUUCCGUUGCAGCAGCAUUUGUUUCGAAAAUUGUCUGAAUUUCAUUGUUUUCACCGCUGGGUUUUUCAAAAACAUGUAUUAUUUCAUUGAAAGUGCCCAUUUGAAGAUGGUAUAAGUUUUAGUAGCAACACGUCAAAUGGCCACCAACUCCGAAAGGAAAAA